GCGGCGGGGCUGAAUGUUUCCCAAGUGUUUGAAACUGGUAUUUGGGUUUUCCACGUUGGAUCAAGUGCGGCGUAGAAAGAGAGAGAGAGAGAGAGAGACAGAGAAAGGCUGCAUUAAUAACAUCGCGGGCGGAACAAGAGCGGCUCCACUCCACUCUUUUUUGUGUCCUUUUUCGCCGGGUGUUUCUUUCCUCCGUUUCCGAUUGUAUCUCUGUGUGGCUUUUUAAGAGCUCCCUCCUCGCCUCCCUCCCUCCCUCCCCGACACAAAUCCCUCUGAUUGUUCCUACAGUCAACGACAGCCAUUCAAUCAGCUGUAGGAGGGACUGACUCGCCGACUGUGCCUGAUCUGAGAAGAAGAAAAGACUCCAAUGUAGCUUCUCCUGCUUCUGAUUUUGGCUCAGAUCGGAGGGCUCGAGGGGCGGCUGCCAUUGAGGUGCUGGGCUUGAGAAGAGGGGAGAGGAAAACUCGCCUUUUUAGUGGGGCGAGGAGAAAGGAGAGAGACACACACGCAAUCUCUUUAUUAUUUCCGUCCGGAUGAAAAUGUUGAACCCUGCAAACGGUGGGGAGCAGCUCCAUUUGGCCAACUAUGUGGAAGAUUACAUGGACUCCAUCGAAUCCCUGCCCUUCGAUCUGCAGAGAAACGUCUCCCUGAUGAGGGAAAUCGACGCCAAAUACCAAGAGAUCCUCAAAGAACUGGAUGAUUAUUAUGAAAAAUUCAAACGAGAGACUGAUGCAGUACAAAAGAGAAGGGUUUUGCACUGUAUACAGAGAUCGUUGAUCCGAAGUCAGGAACUGGGGGAUGAAAAGAUUCAGAUUGUCAGCCAAAUGGUAGAACUGGUGGAGAACAGAACUAGGCAACUUGACAGUCAUGGAGAACUGUUUGAGACUUGCCAAGAGACAAAUGACACCACUGGAAACAGUGGCAAGGCUAAUCAAGACAAGUCAAAGAACGAGACAAUCAUUCAGGCCGAGAAGCCAAACAACAAAAGAUCCAGGAGGCAAAGAAAUAAUGAGAACCGUGAGAAUGCUUCUAAUAAUCAUGAUCAUGACGAUAUCACCUCAGGAACUCCAAAGGAAAAGAAAGCGAAAACCUCCAAGAAAAAGAAGAGGUCUAAAGCCAAAGCAGAGAGGGAGGCUUCCCCAGCAGAUCUCCCUAUCGACCCCAAUGAGCCGACUUACUGUCUCUGUAACCAGGUCUCCUAUGGAGAAAUGAUAGGCUGUGAUAACGACGAGUGCCCAAUCGAAUGGUUUCACUUCUCAUGUGUGGGACUCAAUCAUAAACCAAAGGGCAAGUGGUACUGUCCCAAAUGUAGAGGAGAAAAUGAGAAAACGAUGGACAAAGCACUGGAAAAAUCUAAAAAAGAAAGGGCUUACAACAGGUAGUUUUCAAAUCAGAGGAGAAUAGGGCCAUUAAAACAUUUAUUUAUUCUGUCUCACUUUUUGUUGAGGUACUAGGAUUGUAAAAUGUAUAUUUUUAAAGAAGGUUACAAAUCAAACCAUUCUUGUAAUAGGGGUGGCAAUAAGGAAAUGUUUGGGUUUUUUCCCCCUUUGAUAUGGCAGUUAACAAGAAAACAGUAUGUCGGCAAAAGCAUACAGUGAAUUAAUAAGAGUUAACAUGUAAUGUUUGGCUUCAUCUUGUGAAAAAUCUGCCUGUACUCGUUGGUAAGACUGCCCAUGAAAAUGUAGAUAGUCAACAUAUCUUGGAUAGCAUUCCAGUUUUCUUUAUAGUGGAAUGCUGUUUUUCUUUCCAGCAAAUUGUUCUAUGGUCUGUUUGAAUAAAGCAGCAGUACAUCACAAAUUUAUCCUAAACAUAAAUGACCACUCUAUUAUCCCUCAAAAAGAGCAUUAGCUUUACUGGGCUUAAGUGUAUUUAACUUAUCAGGAGGAAAGUCUGUGUUUCAAACACAACCGUUUCAAAAACCUUUUGCCUUCUUUUAAACUUCUGCUAAGAACUAAGCUUCAUUGCUUGCAGUGAGACUUAUUUCUAAGGGAUAUGUUUAGAUCAGGGCACAAAAUUCCUCUGAUGUGCAGUAGCAUGUAAGAACCUACAGUAUGGCUCCUGUUAAGUGUGUCCGUCUAGCAGCUCAAUAAUACGUUUAACUACAGCUACAAGCUUAUUUUUUAAAAAUGCAAGAGGUUAAAUUUUACACAGCAUAUUUUAUAUAUUGGCCAAGUACCACAAGGGCCUUUUAAAAUGAUUUAGUAUAUUUUGUAUUUAACCAGGAAGGCGUUUAGUAAUGGAACUUAACAUAAAUCAAAGCUUUAUACUGUCACAGAUAAUAGAGUAGCAGUCUUUACUUUGUAUAAGUUGUAAAAAUGUACAUUUUCAAGUGGAGUUGCACUUAAUUGUAUUAUAAUUGGAAAUGCAUCCACAUGCCAUGGUGUAGCCAAUAUGCAUUUUCUUCUGUAUGUAUGAAAACUGUACAGCAGUGAUAAUAAAGAAUAAAUUAAACAAGUUGGAUAA